CUCGUUCCUCCUUGCUGCAAUAUUCGACCUCCCUAUUCGAAACUAGAGGCAUUGAAUGCACCGGCUCUGGCCCCGAUCCAGUAUCCCUGCCUCUUUUCUUUGCUGAGCUGCAAGCUUGUCUAUCCUCCUGACUCGUCGGAGACCAAGCAUGUGAAAGCAGCAGCCAAGCGUGUGUCUCGACAUGUGCCGUCAUUCUUCCCCCUCUCGUUUGACCUGCCAUUGAUAAACCGCCCCUCCCCUCCCCCUUCAUUCAUCAUGGCAUCCUGGGCGGUGAUCUACGAGUUGUUCGCUGCCAUCUUCAGUAUGAUUCUAGACGUCGCACAGUUCUGGCAACAGAGGUUAUUAUCCUGGUGGCAUACACGGUCUCCCCGAGACCGACUGCGCCGUGCGCUCGCUACUGCAACAACCUACGAGGAAUGGGAAGAAGCCGCCUUCGACCUAGACGAAAUCCUCAGCAAGGAUCUUUGGCGCCAGAACCCUACCAGCCGCCAUUACGAUUACCGCUUGAUCCUGGGCAGAUUAGAGGCUCUCAUGAGUGCUCGCGAAGACGAGGAUAUCCUGACCUUAGUCAAUCUUCUGCGAUCCGGACUGCUUCGCAAUCUGGGCAACAUCACGUCCCCAAAGCUGUUCACACAAGCGUACGCGGGGACCAAGCUUCUGAUCGAGGACUAUAUCACUCAGGUGGCACUGUCCAUUCAGCAGGUGACGGCUCUUCCUACCGCCCCGGUCCACGUCAGUGGGUUUGGCUCGCAGGCGAAGCUCGAGCUGCUGCAUGACACUCGACAGGCCUUUGGACGGACAACGCUUCUGCUCCAAGGCGGAUCGAUUUUUGGGUUGUGUCACCUCGGCGUCGUCAAGGCUCUUCAUCUGCGAGGUCUUCUGCCUCGGAUUAUCAUCGGGACCGCGACAGGCGCCCUCAUCGCCGCCCUGGUCGGGGUCCAUACGGAAGAUGAGCUGUUGACCUUCCUCGACAGCGAUGGCAUUGAUCUGAGCGCCUUUGAUCGGCGUCGGAAGGCCAAAGACGCCUCCUCCGAAACUCAAUGGCUGCCGUUCGACAUCGGCGAUAAUUGGGCGGGGACCCUGUUCCGGCGCAUGAAGCGAUAUAUUCAGAAGGGCUACUUUCUUGACGCCGAAGUUCUGGAGGAAUGCGUGCGGGCCAACCUAGGAGACUUGACGUUCGAAGAAGCAUACGCUCGAUCGAAGCGCAUUCUCAACAUCACUGUCGCGACAUCCAACACCAACGCCACGCCGAAUCUCCUCAACUAUCUCACCGCACCAAACGUGCUCAUCUGGUCCGCCGCGGUGGCCUCCAACGCCUCCAACACCUCCCUCUACCGCCCCGUCACGAUUUACUGCAAGGACGAGACGGGCUCGAUCGUCCCGUGGCCGCACUCGCAGGAUGCGACCUUCGCCUCCUGGCGCCACGUGCAGUACAGCGAGGGCGAGUCGCCGCUCGCGCGGAUCGCGGAGCUGUUCAACGUCAACCACUUCAUCGUCUCGCAGGCGCGGCCCUACCUCGUCCCCUUCCUCCGCUCCGACGGCGGCACCCUCCUCAUCCGCCGGCCCGGCGACCACCCCAACCCGCCGAUCCGCUACUUCACCCGCCUCGUCAUGGGCGAGGUGCGCCACCGCCUCCGCCAGCUCGACUACAUGGGCCUCCUCCCCACCCCGCUCGCCCGCCUGCUCCUCGAGGAAUCCAUCCCCGGCCCCAGCAUCACCCUCGUCCCCGAUCUGACCCUCCGUGACUUCACCAAGAUCUUCGAGAACCCCAGCAAGGCAAGCCUGGCCCACUGGUCGCGCAAGGGCGAGCGCGGCGUCUGGCCCGCCGUGAGUGCCCUGAAGGUCCGGUGCGUCAUCGAGAUCGAGCUCGACAAAGGGUACCAGGUCGUGCGGCGGCGGCGACCCGCGGAGAUGCUUGGUGGUGGGAAUGGUGGUGGGAAUGGUGGCGGUGGGAGUGGGAGUGGGACGACGACCAGUCUGCGUAGACCUUCGGUCCCGAAUGAGGGCCAGCCCCGGCGGCGGCGCGGGAACAGCAACAGUAUCGAUUCCGGGAACGAGAACUCGGCGACGAGGUUAGGGGUGGGGGAGCUGGAUUACCAGGAUGAUUCGACUUAUUAAAAUGGGGGGAUAUCGGCUUUGGGAGGUAGAGGUAGAGGUUUGCCGUCAAAUAUCUUGUACCAUGUACUUCAAUACACAACUGGAUUGAUUGGAUGAUGGUGGAUGUAGGAUUAAGGGCGGUGCGCCCAUUUUGCUCUUAAGUUUCACCCGACACUCGGAGGAUCCAAGAAACUUGACUGCUCUUGCUCUGUCCACUUGCCUGGG